GAAAAUACGUAUGACUUGCAAUAUCAAAGGGGAGUAUAGGGUUACAUUCGAUUUGGACCAAACCCCAUCAAGAUCUAGUUUGAAUUUGAUGAUUCCUCGAAAAUGCUUUUAAUCUAAGAUUCCAUUCAAAUCGACUUGAACUUGUCUUGUUCUAUUAGAACGAGUCAACUCCUUAGCCCAAAAGAAUUCGACUUGUUCCAUAGGGGCUACCUAGAUUCAUCCUUGGUGGAUGUUUGCGUCAUGAACGGAAACUGAACAAGAAUGGAAGAAGGAAGCGAUAUAGAUAUAUAAAGGAUAAAACGUCACGAAUCUAAAUCCCAGUUGGAUUACGCUAACCUUCGGCUUUACCAAUUAUAAACAAGCUAUAUUUCAAUAAUUACCUGAUAAAGCAGACAAGUACAUGGUCCAACGCAAAAUCUCUUUGUUGUUUCGUCUCUGACUCUGUGUUGCAGCAUUUUGGCUCUGGGUUUCAAUGGAUGAAGCCUUCACAACCGUUGAUGGGUCGUCAAGCGUUGCAUCGGACUCAUUACAGCCGUCCAUUAUCCCCUUAAACGUCCCUUUACUGUCAGCUUUUCUUGCCCUUUCUCUCGCCCAGUUCCUCAAGCUCUUCACCACCUGGUACAAGGAGAAGAAAUGGGACCCGAGAAGAUUGGUUAGAUCAGGUGGAAUGCCAUCAUCCCAUUCAGCGACUGUAACUGCUCUUGCUGUUGCCAUAGGUUUACAAGAAGGGACUGGAGGAUCAGUGUUUGCUGUUGCACUGGUUUUAGCAUGUGUAGUAAUGUAUGAUGCUUCUGGUGUACGGCUUCAUGCUGGUCGUCAAGCUGAAUUACUAAAUCAAAUUGUAUGUGGGUUACCUCCUGAACACCCUCUUUCCCAUGUUAGACCUCUGCGGGAUUCACUUGGUCAUACACCAAUUCAGGUUGCUGCCGGUGCUUUGCUGGGAUGUUUAGUAGCAUACCUAAUGAGAACUUAGAAGGGAUGAGUAGGGCCUGAAAUUACCAAUUCAAAGUUUGCUCAACAUCACAUCACAAGCAACUUUGAUAGCUCUGUCUCGUGGGUAAGUAACCAGACUUCAAUCUUGUAAAAAAAUCAUUUCCUAUAGGUGAAGUAAAAUCUAAUUGUGGGGUGUCUUGUGUGGACAUCUUGAAUACCUUGAAAACACCUAUAUUUGACAUCCUAUUUUAAGGAUUUCAUUACUAAUGAAGCCCUAGAUGCUUCAUUCACAAACCAAAAUAACAUAGGGUUGCUUGUCACAUUGGUGGAUAAUAAUUUAUGUGUUAAGGUGGAUAAGGAAGAUUAGUAGCUUCCAUAUGUGAACACUCUUUCAUUGUAUGUUUGCUAUAUAAAGGAAGAGGAAGAUUAUAGUGAAUAA